CUUAAUAUGAAAGCACCUCGCAGGUGUGGAGGCCCAAAUUCCCAGCACAACGUGGCACAUGUUGACAUUAGCAAUUGUCAAUGUUAGACUGUAUUUAUAAAUCUGUGGCAUUGCAGUGUGUUUUUUAAAUUUAGUUCUUCAUAUUCAGGAUAUUUAGUUACUUUUAAGAGGAUAAGAAGAAUGGCGAAUCUCAAAAGAAAACUGGAGCGGCUUCGGUCGAUACGAGAAAACAAUGAGAGAGCAAGUAGAGAAGUUGUAGAAAUUUGGGAGAGUGUGAUUUCAAAAAAUCUCGAAAACCUAGGGAAAGAAAAGUAUGUUGUUCUGGAACAGAUAUGUAUAGCAGCCCUGGAUUGUUUUAAACUUGGUAUAGCUGAGCAGUGCAUAAGGGAACUAUAUGAUGAAUUUCCAAACAGUACAAGAGUCAGGAUAUUGGAAUCUAUGCUGUAUGAAGCAGAUGAAAACUACAAGUCUGCACUGCAGAUUCUGAAUGAUAUUAUAAAACAGGAUGUUAACAACAGUUCAGCAAGGAAGAGGAAAGUUGCUAUCUAUAAAUCAUUGGGUAAAAAUGCUGAAGCUAUUAAAGAGCUCACAGAUUACUUAAAAAUUUUUGCAGCUGAUGUUGAAUGUUGGCAAGAAUUGAGUGAGAUGUAUAUAAAUGAGCAUGACUACAACAAAGCUGCAUUUUGUGUGGAAGAAUUAAUACUACAUAAUCCUCACAAUCACCUUUUAUACCAGCGAUAUGCAGAUGUCAAGUAUACACAAGGUGGUUUAGAAAAUAUUGAACUUGCUAGAACAUAUUACUACCAAGCAUUCCUAUUGAAUCCUAGAAAUAUGAGGGCAUUGUAUGGGAUCUAUUUGGCAUCUACAGCAAUAGUUAACAAUACCAAAAAUUUAUCAUUAAAGAAGAAGGAGACUACCAACAAAAUUAUUGACUGGUGCUUGAAAGAGAUCAAAGACAAGUAUACCAAGAAAAGUACCUCAGAUUUGGAGGAAAAGCUUGCAGCAUUAGAAAUAUAAAGGAUCUUAGUGAAAUAACUUUUUAUUGGUUUAUUUUAUAAGUGUAAUGUAGAUAGUUGAAUGGAAAAGUAAAGGAACCUUGAUUGAUAAAACCACAAAUAUUUAUAUAUUCACUAUACAAGUCUAUGACUAGCAGAAUAUUUUAUUCCCCUAUUCCUGCAUAAGUUACAAAGGACAAUUUCCGAAAACUUGAGUACCCAUUGAGGAAAAAAACAUACAACACGAAUAAGUGCUACUGCAUACGUGCAUAGUGCAUACCAUUGACGUUAG